AUGUCCAAGCUUUCACCAGUCAUCACCCGUUCGGGCUCUACAACUUCCACUACUUCUAAGAAAUCCACUUCGAACGAUGACAUCUUAAAAGCUAUUGAUCGUACCCAAUCAUCUCAAGAUAAAUUAUUGGCUGGCCACAAAUCCUUAGGUACUGAUCUCAAAACGAGUAUCAACGCUCUUACUUCUCGAUUUGAUUCUCUCUCACUCGAAAUUUCUGAGCUCCGUACUAAAGUCGACCUCCUAGAAUCUAAGGUUCUAGCUCUAGAGUCAAACACACCAAAGUCAUCAACUGUCCCAUCAACCCAAAUUUCAGAUGUCUUACAGGAAUUUACCGAGCGGGAUCGAUGCAAGUUCAAUAUUAUUAUGCAUGGUCUACCCGAAUCCACAUCGAGCGAUCUCCCUACUAAAAUAAACGACGAUAAGCGAUAUAUUUUCUAA